AUGACUGAAUCAAAAACUAAGCAACAAAAGAUGAAUAGCACUUUAAAAGUUCAAUUACGUUCUGCCGAUGCUACUGCUCCAACCAAAGGUUCUACCGAAGCUGCUGGUUACGAUAUCUAUGCUUCUCAACCAACUGUAAUCCCAGCUCGUGGCCAAGGUCUAGUUGGAACCGACAUUUCUUUUACUGUUCCAAUUGGUACCUAUGGUAGAAUUGCUCCAAGAUCUGGUUUGGCAGUAAAGAAUGGUAUCCAAACUGGUGCUGGUGUUGUUGACAGAGACUACACAGGUGAAGUCAAAGUUGUUUUGUUUAACCAUUCUGAAAAGGACUUCGAAGUCAAGAAAGGUGACCGUGUUGCACAAUUAAUUUUGGAGAGAAUUGUCGACGACGCUGAAGUUGUUGUCGUUGAAUCAUUAGAUGAGAGUACCAGAGGUGCUGGAGGUUUUGGUUCAACUGGUAAAUAG